AUGGAGAGUUUUCUAAAGGAGCAAAGGGGAGGGGAGUGCGUUUUGGACUUGAGCCCGAGAUGGACGGUUGGGGGCGGAGUUGAGGACGUCUACGGCGAGGAUCGCGCCUCCGAAGAUCACCUCGUCACUCCCUGGACUGUCUCCGUUUCUAGCGGGUAUAAUUUGCUGAGAGACCCUCAUCACAACAAGGGGCUUGCCUUUACUGAGAGAGAGAGAGAUGCUCAUUACUUGCGUGGCCUUCUGCCGCCGGCUGUUAUUUCCCAGGAGCUUCAGGAGAAAAAGCUAAUGCAGAGUCUUAGGCAAUAUGAAGUUCCUCUGCACAAAUACAUGGCAAUGAUGGAACUCGAGGAAAGAAAUGAGAGAUUGUUUUACAAGCUUCUAAUCGACAAUGUGGAGGAGCUGCUUCCGGUGGUCUACACCCCGACCGUGGGCGAGGCUUGCCAGAAAUAUGGAAGUAUCUUUAGGCGGCCUCAGGGUUUAUAUAUAAGUUUGAAGGAAAAGGGCAAAAUUCUCGAGGUUUUGCGCAACUGGCCUGAGAAGUCAAUUCAAGUUAUUGUUGUGACUGAUGGUGAAAGGAUCUUGGGACUCGGGGAUCUUGGCUGCCAGGGUAUGGGAAUACCAGUCGGGAAAUUGGCUUUGUACACUGCCCUAGGAGGUGUCAGGCCUUCUGCGUGUUUGCCGAUAACAAUUGAUGUUGGUACCAACAACGAGAAGCUACUAAAUGAUGAAUUCUACAUUGGGCUCAGACAGAAACGGGCGACUGGAAAGGAAUACUAUGACUUGUUGCAUGAGUUCAUGACUGCCGUGAAACAAAAUUACGGCGAAAAAGUUCUUGUACAGUUUGAGGAUUUUGCGAACCACAAUGCUUUUGAGCUUUUGGCUAAAUAUGGAACCACCCACUUGGUUUUCAAUGAUGAUAUACAGGGGACAGCAUCUGUUGUGCUUGCUGGGCUUGUUGCAUCGCUUAAGUUGCUUGGUGGUACCUUGUCUGAUCAAACAUUCUUGUUCCUUGGAGCAGGAGAGGCUGGAACUGGCAUAGCAGAACUUAUAGCCCUUGAAAUGUCGAAGCAGACAAAAGCUCCUCUGGUAGAAACCCGCAAAAAGAUAUGGUUGGUCGACUCCAAGGGCUUAAUUGUAAGUCACCGUAAGGAAUCACUUCAGCACUUCAAGAAACCUUGGGCCCAUGAGUGCGAACCUGUUGACAAUCUCUUAGAUGCUGUCAAGACCAUCAAACCAACUGCAUUGAUCGGAACUUCUGGUGUUGGGAAAACAUUCACAAAGGAGGUGGUGGAGGCUAUGGCCUCCUUCAAUGAGAGACCUCUUAUCAUGGCCUUGUCCAACCCAACCUCACAAUCUGAGUGCACGGCUGAAGAAGCUUAUACUUGGACCGAGGGUCGUGCUAUUUUUGCAAGUGGAAGUCCUUUCGAGCCUGUCGAGUUCAACGGGAAACGUUUUGUACCUGGCCAGGCAAACAAUGCUUAUAUAUUUCCUGGGCUUGGUUUUGGGCUGGUGAUUUCUGGUGCCAUUCGGGUGCAUGAUGACAUGCUCCUGGCUGCAUCGGAGGCUUUGGCUGGUCAAGUAACACAAGAACAUUAUGAUAAGGGGAUGAUAUAUCCUCCAUUUUCUAGUAUAAGAAAGAUUUCAGCACACAUUGCUGCAAAUGUUGCUGCUAAAGCAUAUGAACUAGGUUUGGCAACACGACUCCCUCGACCUGCUGACUUGGUUAAGUAUGCUGAGAGCUGCAUGUACACUCCAAAUUACAGGAGCUACCGCUGA